AACAACUCGCCUCCUUCUCCAUGUUUUGCGUCCUACAUGAGAGCAGCAGCAAGUCCAGGAAACUACUUUUUGGACUCGGCCCGGUGACCGAGGUUUGGGGCGUCGACUAACUUCACUCAGGCCAAUCGGAGUUCACGAUGAAACUUUGUAAACAACUCUCACGCUGUUUUAAAGCUCUUUAACCCUUUUUACAACGAAAAUGCGCGACGGUGCUGCACCAGCAAUUGACCCCAAAGUUGCAAAACAGACCUCCAUCCAGAUGUGGAAAUCUAACUGCACUCAGAAAUGUAUUUAUGAAGACAAGAUGAAUGAUGCAGAAAGAAGCAGCACCAGAGAGCCUGUUGUGGACCUACAUGGGACCUCAUGUUUGGGGUAAACCCUUUCUUGGCACACCUGGGUGACAUCAUAAACAGGACGUAAAUGACCAGCGAAACUCUAAGCCCACCUGUUACCAACCCAAGCUUUUAAUGAAUGGCAUCAGUGGGAUUUGCUCAGGACUAGCCUCAGGAGGUGAUCUCAGGUUUGUGAGGAGCAGAAGUGCGAAGAAGAAGUUUUCCCCUUGGCCAUGAACUACUUAGACAGAUUUUUAGCCGUGGUACCCACCAAAAAGUGUAACCUGCAGCUGCUGGGAGCAGUGUGCAUGUUUCUUGCAUCCAAAUUGAAAGAGACUCGUCCAUUAACCGCAGAGAAGCUUUGCAUCUACACAGAUAACUCCAUCAGACCACAGGAGCUGCUGGAGUGGGAACUGGUGGUGUUGGGGAAGUUGAAGUGGAACUUGGCAGCAGUAACGCCGAACGACUUCAUCGAGCACAUUGUGAGGAGGCUGCCGCUGCCCGAGGAUAAGCUGGCACUUAUACGCAAACAUGUCCAGACCUUCAUCGCCCUAUGUGCCACAGAUUUCCGAUUCGCCAUGUACCCCCCCUCCAUGAUUGCAACAGGAAGUGUGGGGGCAGCGAUCUGCGGCCUGCAGCUGGAUUCAGCUGACCAGUCACAGUGGGGCGACAGUCUGACAGACCUGCUGGCUAAAAUCACAAACACAGAAGUGGACGUCCUGAAAGAGUGCCAGGAGCAGAUUGAGCGUGUGCUGGUGAGCAGCCUGCGAGAGGGCCGGCAGCAGCAGCAGCAGCAGCAGACUCAGAGGGGCCCCAGCGGGAAGGGCCUGGACGAGCUGGACCAAUCCACCACUCCCACAGACGUCCGCGAUGUCAACUUGUGAAACACCAGAGGGCGUCGUUGCACAGGAUUUACAAAAGAAAAAAGCAUCAUGAAAAAAAACCUCAAUUUUCUUAAAAGCAGAAAAAAAAGAACAAAAGAACAAAAAAUGUUUUAAAAAAAACACAAGCCCUUUAAAAGAAAAAGAACAAUGCUUGCUAGUUUUUAUUCUUUUUUGUUGUAGAUUCUCUGUUCUUCAAGUCAAAAGAACCCUGCCCACGAAAUCGAUUUUCUAUGAUGUUCUAGUCUAAAAGCAACCAAUUUGAUACCAGAUGAAGCCCUGAGGUGCCUUGGAUAAACAGAAGGGAAUCCAAUCAUUUUCUGCCUUUGAUUGUAUAAUAUGAUCUUUAAGUUAUAUUUUAACCAUAGCUUGAUAAUGAGGCUGUUAUGGUAGAAGUUGUGGAAACCAUUCAGAAAUUACAUGGGAUCACGGCAGGGCUUUUUCUUUUUGUCUCUGAUUUGUAUUACGAUUACAUUCGUGGCCGGUGUAAAAGAGGACAUCAAAAGGUCCACACGAGACAGACAGAAGAAGCUUUUAGAACAUUAUGCUGAGCAUUGGUUGGUCCCAAUUCCAUGGAAGAGACGGGAUGAUAAUAAUUAGCAGUAGUAUUAGUAAUUAUUAUUAUUAUUAAUAUUAUUAUUGGACAUAUUUUGGAACUGAGUAGUAGAAAUCAAUAAGCUCCUUUUGUCAGGCUGCUUGUGUGUCUGUUGGUGGUUGCAUUGUGUGUGUGUUUGUAUGUGAGAAUCCAGAGUGUGUGUGUGUGUGUGUGUGUGUAUGCAUGCUAUAUGUGAUCCUGUAUCUAUAUUAGCAGUGAGCGUUCUAUGGCGUAAGGCACUUGAGUCGAAUCGUUGACUUUACGUCUCUGUUGAAAGACUACGGAGCGAGCGGAGGCUACACUUUGUCCAUCAGUAAAACAGGGCAUCUAUGCUACAUCACUGCCUUCAUGCAUUAUCUAUGUAUCAUGGUUCGUUGUUGGCCAACAAUAAACUCAUGUGCAUGCACUAUGAGUGAAACAGGUUAGCCAUGAGGAUAUGGGCGAAGGGACUUUCACUUCAGAGCCCAUGAUCUUUCUAAGAGCAUUUUUCCUCACAUGAGGUGUUUAUUACUGCCAUUCUGUUCAUGAAACAUUACAGAUUCUUCAAUCUUUUUCACGUUGUUACGAUAUGGUGUUUCCUUAGUUGUGAUGCCUAAUGGACUCUCACAUGUGUAUGUAGCAUGUGAAAACAGGACGAUGUUAGGCUUUUUUAAAGUCUGGAGGACGUUUUUUUCGACUCCUGUAUUAAUGAGCAUGGAGUGAGCAGGAUAUGGAGAGGAUUGGAAAGAGAGGGACAGUUUGCAACUAAGACGUCACUGUGGAACUUUGGAAGGCACACAAGUGCACGGCACAGUGUGGUAGGACAGAGCGUGUUAGUGGUGCAGGAGCAUGCUGCUGUGUGGAGGAUUUACAGCCAGUGGCUGGAAGAUGAUGACGAACAAAAGAUGCCCAAAGGCCUCACCAUGAAUCUCUGAUAUCUUGCAUAUUUGAUAAAACGUUGAUUUCCCAUAAUGUCUACAAUGACACAGCUUAGUGAACAAGUGGAAAUGAAAUGAGGAACUAAGCGUGUACGCUGCCAGGUCAUGUGAGGAUGAACUUUCUUGGGGGGGUAGAAGAGUACAGGAUGAUAAUAUACUGUCAAUGCAUCUGGAGUCCCACAUAGGGUUGUUUUCAGCUCCCCUAUAUGAUUUCAAUGGCAAAGCACUUUGAGAACAUGCUCCCCAGGAGAAAAAGUCAGAUGAAAUGCGAUGGGUGGUGAUUGGAGGUGAAUGGAUGUUUUCUUUUUUUUUCCUUGUUAGCCUUUUCUUUGGUAUACUUUGUAGGGCUGGUUUCCCAAUGGUCACACAUAUACCCUUGUCAGGCGAGAUUCAAAAUUAAAGCUUGCGACAAGAGGACAUUCCGAUAAGAAAAAUAAAAAAACAUUCCUGUUAAAGUGCAAGUUAGUGGGGAGUCCGACCGUUUAAUAGAAAUUUCGACAAAUUUAAAACCGAAAUUUGAAUAUGAAUCUGAACACGCUGACUCACAGAGUUCACUGAUCCAUGUUUUUAUUUUACUGUCAAGAAAUGAAAUAUUUGUUUUUACUUGAAUUUUCUUUUCUUCAUAUUUAUCUGCAUCACAGCCACAGUGAGUCACACAGGGCAGCGAUGAGCUGCAAGAGACGGUGGUGGUAACAUCCUAUUUGCACAUGUUCUUUUUAAUGAGGUCUGCAUUUUAAAGACAGAGCAGAGGCUUUGUUUCCGAACCACCUGAACUGAUGCGUGUCGCCGUGGUUGGUCAGUGUUUCGUGGUGCUGGCUCGUGUAUUUAAGGCCGAUUGUCUGUCAGUGAACACAUCUGUCCCCCGUUAGCUUUGCUGCUUUAAAUCAUUUACAAGGGGGUUCAUCAGCAAAACAGACAUCAGCACAAAUCAAGAGACGGAUGAUUUUUAUUUUUGGUUUAACUGGGGCACAGCAAGGUGUCUUUGACUUAAUGCUUGAGUUUUUAAUGACAGUAUGUGACUUUGCUGAGUGUUUGUUUGUCAGACUGAAGAGAAAUGUGGGGAUCUAAUGUUUAAGUGAUGUUUUUUUCAGUAAAACUGGGCAAUUGAAUGACAUAUUUGCCGAAACAUCCCCAUUUGAAUAUUUGUAAGCUCUCUCCCAAACUUAACGGUUGUGAUUUUUUUCUUUCCUGCAAUUUAUUGUUGCAUGUGUUAUAUAAUGAGAUCACCAUUCAAUUUCUGUUUGAUAUAUUUUAUGGGGUGACCAGACCCGCAAAAGGGUUUUUCUAAGAUUUAGAGAUACUGUAUUCCAAAGUGAAGAGAGGACAGAGGAGGAGGAGGAGGAGGAGGUGUGAAGACAUCAAGAAAAAAGUGUCAAUAUUUUUUAUUGAGUUAUUGUUGUCUUUUUGCGCUGCUAAAAGCUAUGAAUUUGUUUCAUUUAUACAAAAAAAAUAACAUUACCUAGUUGUGAUGUGUCACUUGAGUGUGCUGCUAUUUUAUAAACAUUUGUAUUAUAAUAUAAUUAUUUUACUGCUAAAGAGAUACAUUCAGAAAAACGAAGUAGAUGGUGAUAGAAGAACAUGAAAUGAGUAUUCGACUGGAAAUGUUCUUUGUACAGUUUGCUUAGAUAGCAUGUCUCCUUUCCCCCUUUUUUUUUUAAUCUAUUGCUCUCCUUAUUCAGUCACAUUGUGCGUCAGUGGUAUUUCUUAUACCUCAGGAUUACUGGACAAAAGAAAUCACAAACAAAUCCAUCACCUAUACCUCUGCAGUUAUCCGGGAACGGACGAGAAAGAAUAAAGUGGGGGUGGGGAGGGCGAAGCGACGACAAAUUAGAAUCUUUGUGGAGGGUUCCCACUGUUUUAGUGGGGAAACAACUCCGCUCAGUGAGAUGGGAAACAGGAAAUGUGCAAAGUUUCCACUUGGACUCUAUAUUGGAGGGGGCGGGCACAACAACAUUGCUUGGGAAGUGUUUAUGCCGUAGAUAGUUCAAUAAUGUUCGUAUCUGUUCAUGUUGGUGCUACAUCUGCCUUGUUGUGUGCGAGAGAGGGAAAAAGCAUUCCUAUGAUGGCCAAAGUACACUUCUUGCUUUAUACAACCACAUGACUCUGAAUGUCAGUCAAUAUGGAUUCUGUAUUUGAGAAAACAUGUUUUGGUCCGAAAUAUUGUGUGUGUGCAUCAUUGUUACCUUCAAAUUAUAAUGGGUUGAGCUACACUUGUCAUGUGCAAGCAUAAAUAUUCUGGUAUGUGUAAGUGUCAAUGGUGCAGAUUUCCCUUUGAGACCCUCCCCCUCCACUAUAACUCAUAUCAUGUACCUCAAAUGUCUGUUGCACAACCUCUGUUCAAUAAACUUCUGCUUUAAAGGGUGUGACACCACAUCAGCUCACUAUU